UUGAUGCAGGAUCAUAAACACACACAUCUCUCAUCAACAAUGGGCACAAAGAUAACUGUCUUACUAUUGCUAGCUUUAACAAUGACAACAGAUGGACAUUCAGGAAGGAAGACUGAGACUCGCUACGACCCAACAUGGGAGUCCCUAGAUUCCAGGCCAUUACCAACAUGGUACGAUGAAGCCAAAAUUGGAGUCUUUGUGUCAUGGGGAGUCUUUUCAGUUCCAAGUUUUGGAAAUGAGUGGUUUUGGCAACGAUGGCAAGGGGACAAAAAUCCAGCAUAUGUGCAGUACAUGAAGGACAACUAUAAACCUGACUUCACCUAUGCUGACUUCGCAAGUGACUUCACGGAGUUCUACGAUGCUGAAGCUUGGGCUGAAUUGUUUGCUGCUUCUGGGGCUAAAUACACAGUCUUUAUAACUAAACAUCAUGGAGGGUUUUGUAACUGGCCGACUAAUGUCAGUUUUAACUGGAACUCAAUGAUGGUUGGUCCCAAGAGAGAUAUUGUUGGUGAGAUGGCGCAAGCACUGAGGUCAAAGACAGAUAUUCACCUUGGCCUCUACCACUCUAUGUUUGAGUGGUUCCACCCUCUGUAUGUACAGGACAAGGCCAACAACUUCACCACCACCAAGUUUGCUGAGCAAAAGACUAUUCCUGAGCUGUAUGAACUUGUGAACACCUACAAGCCCGACCUAUUGUGGUCUGAUGGAGACUGGGAGGCCCCAGACACUUACUGGGGUUCCAAGGAGUUCCUAGCCUGGCUGUACAAUGACAGCCCAGUGCAAGGGUAUGGCUGUUGUCAAUGACAGAUGGGGAAAAGAAGACAAAUGUCAUCACGGGGGCUACCUGACAUGCACAGACAGGUACAAUCCAGGAGUACUUCAGCCAAGGAAGUGGGAGGGUGGAUUGACAAUUGACAAGAAAUCAUGGGGAUUCCGUCGAGAGGCUGUCUUGGAAGAUUAUUUGACCAUGGAUGAGAUUAUAACACGGCUUGUUCAAGUUGUCAG